AUGGAGAAUCAGAAAAAACAUUUAUUGGACUUAUAUUCCGUUGUAGAGGAUACUGUUUUUACCACCAACUUACACUCAAAGUUAUUGACUCAUUCAAUAAAUCUUCAUGAGAGUAAUGAACAGUUUAAACAAGAACUUAUUUCCCUAAAAGAGCGUAUUGACUUUCAUACUCAAGUCUAUCAUGAUGAAGUACAAAGUGGGAUGCAGGACUUAAGGGAAGGACGCAUUCCCCUAUACUUUGUUUCUUAUGAUAUCAUUCGUAAAAUGCUACAAAAAGUCAGUGAAGAGAAAGCAGAGGACAUCCAACUGAACUUAGCGUUCAACAUGGGGAUUGCCAUACCGUUGUAUAUUGAUCCUAUUAAGAUGGAAAUCUGUUUUCUUCUUUCAAUUCCCGUUGUUUCUACAAAUAAUGUGUUCCAGAUGAAAAUAAUUCAUAAUGUGGGCACUUGGAAAGACAAUAUCCACGGUAGGAUUCAGACUCCUGACAUUGUAGCCUACCAGCCCUGGAAACCGGACUGGCUUUCUGUCCCAAUUCUGGACAAUUGCGUAACAUUCCGGGACAAAAAUUUCCAGUGCAAAGGCGAUUCUUUCAAUUAUGACGCAACCAACGCGUUGUGUGGUCUCGAAUAUGAGAAACAUGGAUCAGAAAAGUGCCAGGUGACCCUGUCUAAAAUCGAGGAGGAUAAGGUAGUGAACGCUGUUUUGAUACAAGACAAAUGGCUUGUUAGUACCCGUUUACCAGAUAUGACUGUUUUUUCAAAUGAUCAUGUGAUGGUGAUUAUGAUUGGAAACCGUACUCUAUAUCCGGUUAACAUAGAGGACGUUGAAGAGGAAGUGGAGAGUAUUGAUGCCUUCCAAAACCAAGAGAUUACCAUAAAUCCAGAUUUAAAAUUUCUGCUAGACAACAAGCCUAGCCAUACAGUCCGCAUGGUAACCAGGAAGGAUAACGUCACCAUGGACACGUUACAAUAUUCUUUGUCGGACAAUGAUAUGUUAAAUCCCUCCGUUUGGACAUGGGGGGCGGAUUAUAUAUGGGGUGUGCUGACUUAA